AUGGAGGAAGUAAACAUGUCUACUCUUGGGGAGUACGGGACCCCCAAGCUGGAAGCCCCGGCUCCCGUGUUGAAGGUUGAUGCCAUGCCAAAAAAAGAACCCAAAACCAAAGUUGUUAUUGGCAGAAGAUCACCUUUCAACCCCCUCGAGAAACUAGGUCUCAUGUCACCUGUGAACAACAAGGGUUCUAAAAAAGUUGUUAAAGGAGAUGACCCCAUGCUCGAACAUAAUCCCCUAUUGGGCAGGCUACCAUUCAUGCUCAUGAUUAGUGCCUCACUCAUACUAGUAUUCCUCACCGAAUUGGUAUUCAACAAAAUCACCUUCAACGGACGAUGCGCUUCAUCAGUACUCUACCCAGCCGUGAGACCGGGAACAAAAGCAACAAAGCCAUAUAUUGUGGAAUUCGGUUAUGGAGCGUGUGAAUACAACCUUCAAACGGAUGCCGCUAGGCGAGUGUUUUUCGGUUCCGAGGCGUCGGAUGAAGGAUGGCCUAAAACCCUCUUACAACCAGGUGUUACCGCACAUGGUCACGCUGGAGCAGAUGCGCCAAACGAACGAGUUUUUGCAUUAUUAGGAGGCCUUAAUGCAAACAUAAUACGCAAUUAUGACGAGUAUUUUAGAUUAUUCUGGAGUAUGUUUCUUCAUAGCAGCUGGAAACAUCUGAUAUUCAAUGUAUUCUGUCAAAUACAGGCAUUGUGGAUUAUAGAACCGGAUUGGGGCUUUCCUAGAACAAUGGGAUUAUUCGUCAUCAGUGGCAUCGGUGGUAAUUUAGCGGGAGCAGUGCUCUCCCCUUGCGGUACUACCGUAGGGUCUUCAGGGGCCAUGUAUGGGUUAUUUGGAGCAAUGAUACCCUAUUGCAUAGAGUACUGGAACACCAUACCCAGGCCCAUAUUCCUCAUCAGUUACAACAUUGUCACCCUGCUGAUAGGAUUCGUCAUGGGGCUUGCGCAAAACGUAGACAACUACUGCCACAUAGGAGGCUGUGUUUUCGGACUGCUGUGGGGGUUUGCGACCAUCAAGAGUGUUUCCAGCUGUGAUAAGUGUACAGUUCUAGAACGUUCUAUGCUAUCACCGCUCAUCUCUUGGGCAGUACCUCAAAGGUUGAAAGCCAGGUUGCGACUCGCAAUCGUAUUCAAAAAGGAUCGAGGGGAUCGCAAGAGGGAAGCUGCUAUGGCCCAGGAAGCGGCCUUGCGAAGCGGAGUAACAGCUAGAAAGAUUCAAAAACUUCAAAAGAAAUUGAAUAGACAAGGAGCUCCACCCUGUAGGAUGAGGCUAAGAGAAUGGAUUCUCAGACUGGCUAGCAUGGUGACAAUGCUCAUUCUCAUUACUAUUUCCACGCUCUUCCUUACUCAACCCGAGUUGUAUGCCAACUAUAGACCUCCAGGAGAAUUCAAGUUCUCCGGUUGGCAAACGUGCGAAUGCUGUUUCAUCACGCAAGUCGAAAAGUUAUUCAACGGGAACAAAGAUUUCCCUGAACAGUACCGAAACAGGAAGCUUUUCUGGUGUUUUACGAAAAUUGAUGAUGCCAAACACUUUUGCGGUGAUAAUUACGCGGACACUGCGCCAAUGCAUAAUCUCCUGGAAUCUUCACAAAAUGCUGCACUGGGCUUAUUAAGCACAGUUCAGGGGGCCAUCAAUUCUGUAUAA